UUCCUGGCGGGGUGUGUUGGCGGUGCGGCUGGUGUGCUGGUGGGACACCCCUUUGACACUGUUAAGAUGACAGAUAAGCCUCAUCACGGGAGAGUUACCUAGUAAGUAUAGCCCAGGUGAACACUUCUGUUUCUCUCAGUCUUAAUUUAUUCCCAAAUGUAUUAGUUCAAGUAAAGAACCGAAAGAUUUAUGAAGCUUUUUCCCUUUUUAAUUUUAAACUGAUGUGUCCCUCUUCUACAGCUGUGGCAUGGAGGGAGUGGGGUUUAAAUAUCCCUUCUUUUUUUUAAAUGUAGUUUUAUUCUGAACCUUCUUUCUGCUAUGCAUUUCUGGCUGUAUGCACUCCCACACACAGCACACUGUUGCUGAGGUCUUAGCCACUACAAAUUCUUGGAUGAUGUUUUCAUUGCUCAAAUACUUCUGAAGUCACUGAUUUCCCACAUUAUUGAAUGCUUGGAUGUUUUGAGGAUGGAGUGGUUUGGGUUUUUUUAUUUACUCUUGAGUGCCUUUAUGCAAGUCUUUAGUGAUGUGAAAUUGCUGGGUGUUAUUAUUGGACCUAACACCUUGGUGUUUUCCAGUAAGAAGGAAGGUAGAAUAUUGGGCAGUGAAUGGAACAGGUGGACAAACUUUGCACAUGAUUCAUCUUUCCUAUAGUUGUGGAGCUUGUUGAAUAUGCAUUAACAUGCAUGAAAAUGCAAAUUUUAUGUGCACUCAUGGCCAUAUGUGGCAGUCUGCUAAUGUGAGUAGCCCUGUGUGACCAGCACUGUGCUCAAGAGAAAGAGGUUUCAUUCUUAGACCUGGGGAGUCAGUACUCUAAAUAUUCUACCCUAGUAAGGCUUAAUUGGUUAAUAUUGCACAAAUUAUUUAGACAAAAAUAGAGGGAGCUGUAUGCCACUAGGAAAUUCAGCCCAUUGAUAUGGCUGAGUCUAAACUAUUAAACACAAGCAGAAAGGAUAAAGUAAGAAAGUUUCUAAGCUGCAAAUCCCCCAAAGCCCCUAUGUGUGGAAGUCACAGACAAGGUUUGAAACAAUAACAGUAAAUUCUAAGUGGAGUAAAACCUUUGUUUGUACAAUUGUGACAGCUUGUUAAGAUUUACCUUUGCUUGUGGACCUGCUUCUUUAACAGUUUUGACAGUCUUUCUAUUCCCCAAAAGUCACUUGAAGUGACAAAGGAUUUAUUUUCUUUGAAUCCUACUGUAAGCCUGCUUUUAAUGCUGAGAUGUGACAAUACCCAAGGUGAUCUCAGCCUCCCACUAUGGCUAGCAUACACUAAUGUAUGUACUAAAUGACAUGGAAAACUAAAGUUUUGAUUUACAAAGCAGAAAAUAACAUGUUGUAGGAAAAAUACUAAAACUGUCAAUUUCUUUUUGCUUUGAAUAUGGGAUUCUGACAAACCACCUCCAUAAAUCUUUUUCUAGACACACACAUUACAGGCCUUUCAUUGCUGUGGUGGUGUUUUAUUACUUUAGGCAACCAUGAAAAAAAAAUAAGUUCAGGAAUCUUUUACAUAGAGGUAAUUUUUUGUUCUUUUGCUCAGAAUAAGAGACUGAAUUUUUUUGCACUGGAGUUGCAGCAGCAGCAUUACAUCUUUUGUGAAGAACAUUGCAGCCCUCCAUGUGGGAGAUAAAACAGAUUUAUAACAUUAUCAAUCCAGUGAAAUCAACUUACUGAGCUCAUUGCUGAGUGUAGAGCUUUGCCUGAGCUAGGUAGAACUGAGACUCUUAAAGUGCUGAGGGCAAACAAGCAUGAAAAAAGCAGAAUUGGAAUUUUCCAUUAAAGGUUAGAAAGCAUCCAGAAAAGAGAUCUCCUAAGACCACCAGUUACAGAAGCAUUUAUCUCUCCAGCAGAACAUACUCUUUCUUUUUUGGAAAAGUUAGUUGAUUGCUAACAUUUAAAGGUUUGAAGCAGCUACACCCUCACCAGUUGCUUGCAUUCAGCAGGCUUAAAAACUAAAAUAGACUAAAAUUUGAAAGGACAAAUGGCUUUUUAGUCCUUCCCUUAUGCAAAGACAGACAGCUUAAAGUCAACACCCAGCUACCCUCUGAAAAAAAAAACAAAAAAAACCAAAAAACCAAAAAAUCAGAUCUCAAUGAAUGGGCCCAAAUCUAGCAUUUAGAACCACUAUGGCUAUUGCUGAAAGUUUCCAUCCUUUUAAAGUUAUCCUAAUCUCAUGCUUGACUUGCAAAUAACUUUUAAAAUUAAAUGGUCUCAGGUUUGCACAGGUAUUCUUUAGUGAGAACAGAAGCAUUCUUGGCAGCUAAAGAAAGUCCCUAUUGUAGCCUGUACUGGAAAAGCAUCUGUUUGAAAUUCUAGAUGUCAAUGUACCUUUCCACUUAUUGGUUUGCUAAGAGUCACGAGAAGUUGGUGAUCCUCUUCCCCUCAUGUUUUCAGCCCCAAACUUAGGUCAAAGAUUUCUCAAACUUAGACAAGAUUUUUCAAAUUAUUGUGCCCCAUAUGGCACUCCAGUGUCCAGCCUGUGCUCCUGCAUAUGCAUUGCUGUAGCAAAUCUCCACAUAGGUACAAGACAGUAGCUUGCCCUUUAGGCUGCUCCUGAUGUACAAAUUGGUAUCUCACACAACUUUUUGUAGGUUCGUCUGCAAGUUCAAAAUGUAGAGAAACCUCUCUACCGUGGGACUUUCCAUUGCUUUCAGUCCAUCAUAAAGCAAGAAUCUGCUUUUGGACUCUAUAAAGGCAUCGGGUCACCAAUGAUGGGGCUUACGUUCAUUAACGCGCUGGUGUUCGGUGUGCAAGGAAACACCCUCCGUGCUCUGGGCAAAGACACUCCUCUGAACCAGUUCCUGGCAGGGUCAGCUGCUGGGGCCAUCCAGUGUGUCAUCUGCUGUCCCAUGGAGCUGGCAAAGACAAGGAUGCAGCUUCAAGGAACGGGAGAAUAUAAACUAAAAACGAAGAACUACAAAAAUUCUCUGGACUGUUUGAUCAAAAUCUAUCAAAAGGAAGGGCUGAGGGGUAUCAACAGGGGCAUGGUCUCUACCUUCAUAAGAGAAACUCCAAGCUUUGGCUUUUACUUCCUGACCUAUGACUGCAUGACUCGGUACUUGGGCUGCGAGGCCGAGGACAGCUACGUCAUUCCCAAGCUGCUGUUUUCGGGAGGGAUGUCGGGAAUCGUGUCGUGGCUCUCCACCUAUCCCAUGGAUGUGAUCAAAUCCCGGCUCCAGGCCGACGGUGUAGGAGGGGUCACACAGUACAAGGGCAUCCUGGACUGUGUCAGGAAGAGUUACCACGAGGAGGGCUGGAGGGUGUUCACCAGAGGCCUCACCUCCACGCUCCUCCGUGCUUUUCCCGUCAAUGCCGCCACCUUUGCCACUGUCACCGUGUUCCUCAUGUACAUGAAGUCAGAAGACAACCUUCCUGAAUGUGAACCAGGCCCUGUAAUCCACCAGCCUUCCAGUUUGUGAACCUUCUCUCUUUGCUCUCCUCAUCCAAAGCCCAGCUGGUUGGGUUUUGUGAAACAUGAACACUUGACCUGCACAAGUAGUGUGGAUUUAUGCUGUCUGUAUAAAGAGUUCCUAAAUGUAUCAGAUUAGGGUUUCAUCUCACUACUUGUAUAAACAGCAUCUUGCCUUAUUCAGGACUCCAUAUCUAGUAGUAUUCAAGUCAGAGGGGGACCUGCCUUUUGAGAGUUGCUGUUGUGGCUCCAGAAGAGGUUCUGGAGAGUGUUCUAGCACCAGAAAUGGGGUUUUUCUUUCACUCAGGUUCUGAAUGACUGAGUUGAGUUGAAUGCAGAAGUGUUUUCAUGAAAGAAAUACUCAUUUUGUAUGUGACAGGAGUAAGUGUACUCCUCUAAGGUGAAGGAGUUAGAAGUGUGAUGGUGGAGGUGUUUUGCAGGUAACCCUGAACUGUAAAGACAUGGACUAGCACUCAGCUAGUCCCAUGUUUUACUUUUCCUUUGCUUUUUUAUGUCAAUGGUUUUAAUAGAACUUUGUUCAUACUGAUUUGUUAAAAAAAAGAAAAAAAAAAUUGUACUUAAAGUUACUCCCUGACCUUUUAGCUCUGAAUAAAUAUCUUAAGCACAAAGUUAGCAUCUGCACUCAAAUGCACUUGUUCCUUUAAACCUCAAGGCUUGUAAGGAUUUAGGGAAAGUCAAAUCUAGUAGGACUGGUGUUUGCCCUCACCUCUGUUUCUCCUCUGGUGGGUGCACAGACUGCAUUGAGCAGUUCAGCCCAGGGGACUUUGUUCUCUGAAGUUGGUGCAACUUUGCCCCACUUCUCCCAAUGUGCCCCAUAGCAGCCAGUGAUGUACAGAAGUCAAAGUCCUGCCUGUGGUAUUGCACAAAAUGUUUGUGGAUGCAAUGUUAGCUUUGCAGCUUGAAGUAUCUUAGAAGUACAUAUAUAUUUAGGACUGGAGGUUUCAUACCUUUCCAGAAAAUAGGGGUGUAAGUGUCUGAAAUGGUUGCUGUUCAAUACACUUGCAUUAUGAAUUAAAACAAUACUGAUUUUUAUGUAUUUAGUUACAGUGCUACUGGAAAGACUGAAAAGGGUUUUGGAGAAUUUUCUUGUUACGUUAAUCUGCUGUAAUUUUUUUUUUUUUUUUACCAGUCUGUUCAAGAAUUGAAUUAGCCAAAGAGCUACAAACAGUUAUUUAAGAUUUGAGCUAAAAGCUACACAUAUUUGUCACAAAUAGCCAGGAGGAAGGACUGUAUGUGUGUGAGCAAUGUUUUAAAACAUAUCAAACUAGUUCAGUAAGUACAACUUGUUACACUUUUGGUUGGGACAAGUGCAAUAGGUGUUUAAUUUAUAUGAAUUUUCUAAAGAAGCGUUAUUUCAUAGCAUUUUGCACUGUAACAAAAUAUGCUGGAGAAACCUGUAAAAUUGGUAUGUCUUUUUAUACCUUGAAGGUAUGGUGGAUGUUUUAGUGCCUACUUGCACUGAGAUUCAAAUUGAAUGUUAAAUCUGUCUACUAAGCUGCAUAUGCACAACAAAUCACAGCAAAGACCAUUUACACCUUUGUACAGGAGUAUGUCAAGUCUUGUAUAUAUAUUAAGGGAAUAAAUUUUUUAAAAAUUUU